ACUGCGGAGCGUUUCAAAACAAACCCGUCGUUCAAGCUACAUUCGUCCAAAAAUGAGUGCCAAAAAGGGCAGAAAAAAGAAGAUGCUCCCAGCUGCUGCAGAGGACAGUCAAAAAGCUCCAUCUGUAGAUCAGUUGGAUUCUGCCAACCUGUCUGCUAUAGAGAGAGACAGCUUCAUGAAAGGACUGCAGUCAGCAAAUGAUGGCAACCCUCUCCACAGUACCGCCAUGGAAGAAGAUUUAGAUGUCUUGGAGGAGGGACGGGUGAACAAAGGAACAGCGGGGAAAAAGAACAUUACUGCCAAACAGCAAGGAGCUGCUGUGAAAAGGAAACAGAUGGAGCCGGUUGUAGAGAGUGAUCAUGAAAACCAGCAGCAGAAGAAGAGGAGGAGUACAAUAGGGAGGGGCAAGGCCAGACCUGAUAAAGGAGGAGCGACAGAGAGAAAGAAGAGAGCGUCUGAAGAGGAGAGAGGACAGUCGGAGGCGGAGGGGACGGAGACUCAGGCAGAUCCAAGCACCGCCACCCAGGAGAGAAACCCACAGACACCAGCAGGUGUUAAACGGCAGGUGGGGGGCAAGCCUGCGAAGAGGAGGAGUGUUAAACAGAAGCCUGAAGCAAGACCAGUGAAGAAUCAGCAGAUGAAAGACAAGAAAAGAAAGGGUGAAUCAGGGACGUCCAGUGAUCCUCAGUCACAGGAGCAGUCUGACUCUGACGCUGUCCAGCAGAGACGUAACAGAGUCCUGCCCUCUGAUGAUGAUGAUGACAAGGUGGAGGACACCAGCUGGAAACCGACUCCGAAGAAAGGUAGAGGGACGAGAAAAUCUUUAUCUGGCAAGUCCAAUUCCAGGAAGUCUUCAUCUGGCAGUGCAUCAGCUGAAGCAGAAAAGACCAAAAGAGUGGAAGUAAAGAAGAAGAGACGUCGUGGAGGAACACAGUUAGAGGAGGUGCUGGAUGCCUUCAUGGAUUUCUGUGAGCAGUACAGGGAGACGGUGGAGUCCAGAGCUGUCAAAGAGUCCAUCGAUUCUUUCUCCAACAAUGUGAAGGAACAGCUGAUGGAAAAGAUCUCUUCUCACAAGGAUCUCCAUGUUCUAAAGAGAGAAAACGCUAAGGUGGCCUCUUUGACCCGUACAAAGAUGCAGAGACUGCUGGACGCCAAACAUGAGAUGAUGAGGGCUAAAAAGCAGGUUUCACUGCUAAAGAAAGAAAAAGCAGAACUGGAGCUCAGAUUAUCCGACCUGAGGCGAAGCCAGUCCUUCCUCUGUGACAUCAGAGAACUCAACAGACAAUACUUAAAUUACCGUCAGGCACACCCGAAAGAGAAAGAGAAGUAUGGGGCCUCCAGUUUGCCAGCUCUAUUAGUGGAGGCCAAGCAGAUUCAAGGAGCAGAGCGUCAGCUGAGAGCGAUCAAUAACCGUCUGGAAAAAACACUGAAGAAGAAUGGAAAAUAAUGUGCUGUAGCAUCUACACACACACACACACACACACACACACACACACACACACACACACACAAAGCAACACUCACAGGUUUAAAACUCUGUGACUACUGGCUAUUACACAGGAAACAGAAGAAUUGCAAGAGAAAAAUAGAAUAUUGCAAAUACAAUAUAUAUGAAUAAGUCUUU